AAACUAAAAAUAAUUUAUAACCUAAAAUUUUAGUUGUCAAUUCCAAGUAUUUUAUUUAUAAUUUCAUUAUUGGAUUGUAUUGUCAAUGAGUAAAUAUGAGCAAAAUAUUCACACCAACCAACCAAAUUCGAUUAACAAAUGUUGCUGUAGUGAGAAUCAAAAAGGCAGGAAAAAGAUUUGAAAUCGCCUGUUAUAGAAAUAAAGUUGUGUCAUGGAGGAAUCAAGUGGAAAAAGAUAUCGACGAAGUAUUACAAACCCACACGGUAUUCACAAAUGUUUCGAAAGGACAAAUAGCCAAAAAAGAAGAUCUUAUAAAAGCUUUCGGGACCGACGACCAAACACAAAUCGCUAAAGAAAUAUUGCUUAAAGGAGAAUUACAAGUAUCCGACAAAGAAAGGCAAAGUCAUAUAGAACAGUUGUUUAAAGAUAUUGCAACUACAGUUGCAGAUAAAUGUAUAAAUCCAGAAGUUAAAAGACCAUAUCCGGUUACUAUCAUAGAAAAAGUGAUGAAAGAUGCACAUUAUUCAGUCAAACCGAAUCAAUCGGCAAAGCAACAAGCUUUACAAGUUAUAAAAUUAAUCAAGGAGCAUAUUCCUUUGGAGAGAGCAAAAAUGAGGUUAAAAAUUAAUUUUAAAGGUAAAGCUGCCAAGAAAAUUAAAGAAAAGCUGUUAAAAAUGGAAGGUGCAGAAAUUGAAAGUGAAGAUCGAGAAGAAGAUGAAAUUACAAUGGUAUUUCUAAUUGAUCCAGGCCAUUUCAAAGUAAUUGAUGAAAUGGUCAAAUCAGAAACCAAGGGCAGCGCUCUAUUAGAAGUUUUGGCAUAUAAAGAAGUUACAGUUGGAGAAGAACAUUUAUAAAUAUACUAUACUCAAUAUAUUUUAUUUUAUCAAUAUGUUUUCUUACAGAAAUUGUUUUUCUUAUGUAUUUUUGAGUAUUGGUACUUCUUUUACUUCAAUAUCCAUGAUUUACUAUCUUAUAUUGACUACAUUUGGGGAUUUACCUCUCCACAAAUUAAAAACAGAUUAGAAACCCUUGGGCCUCAAAAUUAUGUUUUUUUCUCAAUCUAAUACUUUACCAGUAGAGUAGUUUAGAGUCAAACAAGGGAUGAAUUCUUAUAAAUUAUAAUUAACAAAGACCAAUAGGGUUUAAUCAAGCAUCAAAGUCUUCUAAGAGUUAGUACACUGCAUUCACACGCACAACACAAAUUUGAGUAUGAUUAAAUGAAAGUGUACAUAUAUUUCUUUAUAAACAGCUCAGUGUGAGCUUUUGCUUAGUUUCCCGAAUAAUAUAACACAAAUAUUACAAACAGGUUUUAUUUGAAUUUAAACAUGAUAAUAGCUACAAUCAUUUUCCGAAUUAUAACAACAUUGUGGAUGAUUUUUCUGGAACCAACAUGGUUUUCCUCGAUAUUUUUCACCAGUUUCUUCAUAUGAUGUAGGUUUUCUCAAACAUACAGUUCCUUUGUUAACUUCAAAGAUGUAUCUGAAAUUUUUCAUCAAAGUUUGCAACCCACCACAUUGCGACUUUAAAUCUUUCAAAUAUUCUGGAGGAAUAUUUUUAGAUAAAUCAGAAAUUAGGUAAAUCGAUCCUUUAUUCCAAAAUGUCCCGUCUUUUUUGAUAAUUAUAUUUUCUUCUUUUAGCAACAAAUCGACAAUUAUUUUGAUUAUUUUAUCAGUUAUUUCUCUUUUGAGUUGAGUACAGUUCCUUACAGGUUCUACUUUAACUCUUGGUUUGAAUUCCUUGUUCAUUUUUAUAUUUAUUAACGGUUUAAUAUCAUCAAGAACUUCACGAGUUUCUUCCUGUGUGGAAAAUUUACUUACUCCGACUAAACAAACUUUUUUAGUGGACGGUAUUCGUAAUUUGUCUAUCUGUACUUUGAAUUUGCAUUUUUUACAUAUAUCUUCAAUGUAACACAAAUAAUCUGCAUAAGUACUAACAGCAGUAUUGGUUCUAAUAUAUUUCUCCCCGUUAAAAUCAUAGGGACAACAAGGAAGUAGAAAAAAAUUGGUUUUUGUUGUACUUUUGAGUGCCAUUAAUGGUAUCCAUGGUGUUAGUUCAUCUGAAUGAUUUCCUAUAAGCCAAGUAGACUCGGGGAAAGUAGAAUCUGGUGUCACUAUACCUACCUGAAUAGUAAAAAAAUUACAUUUUUAUAGUUAUUCCAUGUUUUAGAAUAUAUUGUAAUGACACCGGUUAUUGAAAUCUAUGAAUUAGUUAUAUUUGUUUGCAAUAAGAUGUAUUCACAUUAGUUUUCAAUAAUUUCAUUAUAUAAAAAAAAACCAUUGAUAAAAGUUAUAUAAAAAAAUUGAGCUCUGUCCAUAAUAAGAUUAUUUAAAUAACAAGUAAGUAAGGUUAGUAUUUCAUUGUUAAAUUAUUUCAAUAAAUGAAUCGUGGAAAAAUAAAAAUAAUUUUCAAAGUCAUAUGUCAAUUAACAUAACCUAAAACAGGAAUUGGACUUUUUCUAUCUUUAACCAGAAAUUUGAAAGAUUUGUUAAAGAAUAAAACAGUGCACAGAAUGAACGAGAACAUGACGCCGAUUCGCUCGUAAAUAUAACCUUAAAAGUACGAGUAUGUAAAAAUAAAUGAACAUUUAUCAACGAUUUUGGAUUAUUACUGUAUGAAAUGCUUAGAGAAAUAAAUAUAAAGCGUCAUUUGGCACGGCGUUGGUGGGGAGACCCUCGCAAUUUGAAUAGAAAUAUUUACUACAACAUAUUUUAAAAUGUACAAAUUUUUUAAACAUAGAAGAGUUAAUCGGGGUUUAUAUGAUCAACUUUUGACUUAUUGAGGAGAUACUUAACAAAACCUUCAAUAAGAAAACCUGAUUGUCGAUUAGAUCAGAAAAUUAAUCACCAGUUUUGUCAUGGGAUUUUCAAAAGGGAAAAUGAUUCUCGAUAUUCUGUCAAAUUUUAGUUUUCUUGUAUCCAGUCGACUGUUUGUUAUAUAAUCACUCAUUCAGGGUAUCUGCAACUACAAACUACACUAGAAAAUUGAGGUUAUGUUUUUGACGUCAUUUAAUAUUUUGUGCCUAAUUCAAUAAUGAGAAUAAAACUAAGUUUUACGAAAGUCAGCUGAUCUGUUGAGCCAAAAGUAACUAGAUUUCUCUCUAGAAUUGCAAUUUCCACGCAAUAAAAACCUCAAACCGAUAAAAUUGCAAUUGAGAGAUCUUGCAUGAAACAAUCAACUAAACUUCAUCUGCCCAUGCAUUUGAUCAAGAAAUUAUGAGUCUUGCAUUGCACGUUGUCUGGCAUCAUGUCAAGCAAGUAAGUUGAUUGCAACAUUCACUAGGAUCAUAGACUAUGAAUCAAUUAAAAUUAUAAAGUAUAUGUUACCUAAAUAAACAUUCAGAAUAUGGACUAAUUAUGUGAUUGUAUAUGUGAACUAUUGUGAUAGACAGUGAUUCAAAAAUAUUUAUAUUCUUAUUAAAAAACUGAAAAUUUGUGAUUGUGUAAAUAUCGAUGGUUACAUGACACAGUUACAAAGGCGAAAUUUAGAGAAGUAUAUAAAUAGCAGAAUAAGUUGAAAAGAAGCUCUCUUGGGCAGUUUGUUUGGUAUAUGAAAUCAAAUAUAAACUAAAGAUUAGUGAAUUUUUUUUAUUGAUACCAAAAAAGGGAGAUUUCAAAAAUUUUAUAUCAGCGAUUUUCUCUAUACUGAACACACUGUUAACACUACCACUACACUGUCUGACGCGCGUUUCGAAAUCUAAGACAUCGUCUUCAGAGACUCAAGGUAAACUUAAGUUUAUACAGUGUAAUUGAGUGUAAUAUAAACAGUGUGUUCAGUACGAAUAUCACCAACGGUUCAAAAAAUUCCAGCAUUUAUUAAAACAGGACAAUUAUUAAAAAAAUAAAUUAG